AAAACACAAAAUGCGCAACAUUUAGCAUAGCACUGCCUUGAGUCCACAGGAAUUACUGAGGAAGCUGAGUCAGCCAACAUGGGAUGUGAUUAAAGCAUAAACAAGACAAGUUGAAGCCUGUUCCGGGGCAGAGUCCAAAUCCUCUGUCCUGGGCUGUUUGAGAAGAACCAGUUAGAAACAGAUGGCGGUGUUUCUGAGCUUCACAGUGAUGCUGCUCAUCAUUCUUCAGACUGACACAUCGGGCCUCAGCCCUGCUGAUGAAAUGGGUUACUCCAAAGCUAUCCGUUUCUUGGCACUCGGUGAUUGGGGUGGGCUCCCGUAUUCACCAUACACGACACCCGUGGAGAAAAGUACUGCCCAUCAAAUGGGUGUUGUGGCUGAGACGAUGGGCACCGACUUUGUUCUCUCUCUGGGGGAUAACUUUUAUUACAAUGGAGUUAACAACCCAACUGAUAAAAGAUUUCAGGAAACAUUUGAGGAAAUCUUUUCUGCCAAGUCACUGAAGGACGUGCCCUGGUUUGUUGUAGCAGGAAACCAUGAUCAUUUGGGCAAUGUAACUGCACAGAUCGAGUAUUCCAAAGUUUCCAAAAGAUGGAACUUUCCAUCUUAUUACUAUGACUUAAAUUUCACCAUCGCAGACUCUAAUACCACUGUUACAAUCCUGAUGCUAGACACUGUCCUGCUCUGUGGAAAUUCUGAUGACUUCCAGGGGAAGGAACCUGAAGCACCAAGAGAUCAUAAGGUGGCGAACACACAACUGGAGUGGGUCAGGGACAAGCUGAAGAAUUCUAGAUCAGAUUUCCUAAUUGUUGCUGGUCACUACCCGGUUUGGUCAAUUGCUGAACAUGGACCCACCAGAUGUCUGGUACAGAAGCUGCAACCUCUCCUCAUUCAGUACAGAGUCAGUGCAUACUUCUGUGGGCAUGACCACAACUUGCAGUUUAUUCAGGAUGGUGAUGGGAUUGGUUACGUCAUAAGUGGAGCUGGAAACUUCAUGGAAAAUUCAACAAAGCACGAGCACCUUAUUCCGAAGGGGUGGCUUAAAUUUUUCUACGCAAAUAUCAGCUCUUUGGGAGGCUUUGCUCAUGUGGAGAUCACCCCAGAUCAGAUGACGAUCACCUACAUUGAGGCCCUUGGUAAAUCCCUGUAUCGGACCACUAUCCCCAGACGGUCAGACAGAUGAAGCACCUAGUUACCCAUAACAAAGCACAGCGCUGAGUGGGAGACCGCCUGCUUUUACUGCUUUAAAUUUAACAAUUGACUCUCUGACUUUCUUCCAUGUACAUUUAAAAUUCAGGUGCUUGCUGAAAAUUAGCUCUUAUUGGCACAUUCCUUUUAAUGUGCCAUUUACCAACCUUCUAUGGAUUCAAGAACUUUGGGUUCUACUGUUAAACCUUAAAACACACAGUCGUGUCAGAGUCAUAGAGGUCUAUAGCACAGAAAAAAGCCCUUUGGCCCAUCGAGUCUGCGCUGGUCAGACAAGUACCUAACUAUUCUAAUCCCAUUUUCCAGGACGAGGCCUUAAGACCAUAUGACAUA